CCUCCUGUUAACACCGUGAUAUUUGUGAGUCGCAAUGCCGGUUCACUCCCGGGAGAAGAAAGAGAGUAACCACGAAGAAAUGGAGGUGGAUUUUCCCGAGCAAGACGGCAGCAGCACAGACGAGGAGGACACCGUCAGCUCGUCCGUGUCUGAAGAUGGAGACAGCUCGGAGAUGGAUGAUGAAGACUGUGAGAGGAGGAGGAUGGAGUGCCUGGAUGAGAUGACAACCCUGGAGAAGCAGUUCACAGACUUGAAGGAGCAGCUGUAUAAAGAGCGUUUGAGUCAAGUGGACAUUAAACUGCAGGAGGUAAUGGCUGGCUGUGCCCAAGAAUAUCUGGAACCUUUAGCGAACCUGCAGGAGAACAUGCAGAUCCGGACCAAAGUGGCCGGGAUCUACAGGGAGCUGUGCUUGGAGUCGGUGAAGAACAAGUAUGAGUGUGAGAUCCAGGCUGCCUGCCAGCACUGGGAGAGUGAGAAGCUGCUGCUGUUUGACACUGUGCAGAGUGAACUGGAGGAGAAGAUAAGAAGAUUGGAGGAAGACAGACACAGUAUUGACAUUACCUCAGAGUUGUGGAAUGAUGGAUUGCACUCACGGAAAAAUAAGAAAAAAGACCCGUUCUGCCCUGUGAAGAAGAAGAAGCCCGUUGUUGUUUCUGGGCCUUAUAUCGUUUACAUGCUGCAAGAUCUGGAUAUUCUUGAAGACUGGACCGCAAUAAGAAAGGCGAUGGCAUCUCUGGGGCCACACAGGGUGAAGGUGGAUGCCCCUGCAACCAAGCCUGACAGACAUCACCAUGUGGCGCGCUCCGAGGAUGGUCGGCUUUUCUAUGACAACCAGUGGUACUGCAGGGGACAGGCCAUCUGUAUCAACAGGAAGGACGAGUACCCGACUAGUGCCAUCAUCACUACUAUCAACAACGAUGAGGUGUGGUUCAAACGACUGGAUGGCACCAAGUCAAAGCUGUACAUCUCCCAGCUGCAGAAAGGCAAAUACACGAUCAAACACUCAUAAAAACACACUGACACACACACACACACACACAAACACCAAACCAUCAUCUUUGACAUAUUUCUCCGUCUCUUUUCCAUGUUGUAUCUUUAUACAUGCUUGCCAUAAGUAUGCACACACCUCAGUCCACUCUCUCUGUGUUUGAGUAACAAACAAAAAAAUACUGUACAGAAACAAACAAAUAUCAACUAUCCCUUCUAAUUUAAGGAGACUAUCUUCUCUGUAAAUAUGUAUGUAUGUAUAUUAUCAAUAAGGUCACAAAGUGUCAUUUUCUCUGGAACGGAGAUCAAUGCAAAGUGCUGCUAAAAAAUUGAAGGGAGGAAAAACCGGAGCAGUAGCGAACUGUGAAACAUGGAUCUCAGUCGCGUGCCUUACUGAGACAAAGACGAUGCCUCGACUGUAAAAAAAGACAAAAAAAAAAAAAAAAAAGUCUGGAACUAUCAAUGCAGCGAAGCCUUACUCUGGACUGGAAGUAGGUCAAAGCGGGUCAAUGAAUGAGUGAGUGAGAAACCCCCCGAUCCAGGUGAAGAUGUUGUCAGCGGUGUGUUUGAUUUGCCUUUUCCAGACGCAUCAGAUAGACUUGAAUUUCAUGCUCCACAAAGCCUAAUAAAUCUGUAUUAGGAUCCCUCGGGACCCAAGUUA